AUGGCCGGCCACACGCAGCAGCCGAGCGGGCGCGGGAACCCGGGCCCUGCUCCCUCGCCCUCCCCUGGCCCGGGCCCCGGGCCCGGCGCCUCGGAGCGGGUAGCGCUCAAGAAGGAGAUCGGGCUGGUGAGCGCCUGCACCAUCAUCAUCGGAAACAUCAUCGGCUCGGGCAUCUUCAUCUCCCCCAAGGGAGUCCUGGAGCACUGUGGCUCCGUGGGUCUGGCCCUCUUCGUCUGGGUCCUGGGUGGGGGCAUCACUGCCUUGGGCUCACUGUGCUACGCGGAGCUGGGAGUCGCCAUCCCCAGGUCUGGUGGGGACUACGCCUAUGUCACCGAGAUCUUCGGGGGCCUGGCUGGCUUCCUGCUGCUCUGGAGCGCCGUCCUCAUCAUGUACCCCACCAGCCUGGCCGUCAUCUCCAUGACCUUCUCCAACUACGUGCUGCAGCCCGUGUUCCCCAACUGCAUCCCCCCGGCCGCCGCUUCCCGUGCGCUCUCCAUGGCCUGCCUUAUGCUCCUGACGUGGGUGAACAGCUCGAGCGUGCGCUGGGCCACGCGCAUCCAGGACGUGUUCACCGGCGGGAAGCUGCUGGCCCUGUCACUCAUCAUUGGCGUGGGCUUUGUCCAGAUCUUCCAAGGACACUUCGAGGAGCUGAGGCCCAGCAAUGCCUUCGACUUCUGGAUGACGCCAUCCGUGGGUCACCUGGCCCUGGCCUUCCUCCAGGGCUCCUUUGCCUUCAGCGGCUGGAACUUCCUCAACUAUGUCACCGAGGAGCUGGUGGACCCUCGAAAGAACCUACCUCGCGCCAUCUUCAUCUCCAUCCCCCUGGUGACCUUCGUGUACACCUUCACCAAUGUCGCCUACUUCACUGCCAUGUCCCCCCAGGAGCUGCUGGCCUCUAACGCAGUGGCCGUGACCUUCGGGGAGAAGCUGCUGGGCUACUUUUCUUGGGUCAUGCCCGUCUCCGUAGCACUUUCCACUUUCGGAGGGAUCAAUGGCUACCUGUUCACCUCCUCCAGACUGUGCUUCUCUGGAGCCCGAGAGGGACACCUGCCCAGCCUGCUGGCCAUGAUCCAUGUCAGACACUGCACCCCUAUCCCUGCCCUCCUCGUCUGCGUAAGUUGGGGGACCCAGGCUCGCAAGGCGGGGAGCCAGGGCCACGCAGCAGCAUGGGUAAUGGCAGGGAUGAGGCCUGGCCCUGGUGGGGGCGGGAGGGCCGGGCUCGCUGACCUCCUGGCCCCAGUGGGCAGGCCCGGGUCCCCUGCUGGGCUGACAGGAGGCAGGUGGGAGUCAGCCCUCAGCCCAGUCCUCUUCCAGGGUGGGGCGACGGCAGUCAUCAUGCUUGUGGGAGACACGUACACGCUCAUCAACUAUGUGUCCUUCAUCAACUACCUCUGCUAUGGCGUCACCAUCCUGGGCCUGCUGGUGCUACGCUGGAGGUGGCCGGCGCUCCACAGGCCCAUCAAGGUGAACCUCCUCGUCCCCGUCGCAUACUUGGUCUUCUGGGCGUUCCUGCUCGUCUUCAGCUUCAUCUCAGAGCCCAUGGUGUGCGGGGUGGGCGUCAUCAUCAUCCUCACGGGGGUGCCCAUCUUCUUCCUGGGAGUGUUCUGGAGAAGCAAACCAAAGUGUGUGCACCGACUCACAGAGUCAAUGACACGCUGGGGCCAGGAGCUGUGUUUCGUGGUCUACCCCCAGGGCUCCCCGGAGGAGGAGGAAAAUGGCCCCUGCCAGCCCUCCCCACUGCCCGCCGCCACGGACAAGCCCUUGAAGACACAAUGAGACAUUGUGGAGCCUUGAAGCAGCUGUUUCUGUUUACAUGUUGUUUAUGAGGAGGUGUUUUUGCAAAAAAAAAAAAAAAAAAAAAAUUUUUUUUCCUGGGGAAAAAAAGAGAUCCUACUCUUAGAGGCCUGUGGUAAGGAGCCCUGAAGAUGUGGGACUGGGUCCCCUGUCAGCGCUGCCCCGCUAGCUUUUCCUGGAAAGGUCUACGAAUAAAACAGGGCUGGUGGUGUACCUGUCUCAGGUGAGUCCCUGGUGGGCACCUCUCGGUGGUGGGCACCCCUCGGUGGGGGGCACGCGUGGAGCUGGCUGGAGAAGGGGGCCCGGCAGGCCCAGGAGGAGGCCCUUGGCAUUCGGGGGCUCUGCCGCUUCAGCCAGGCACUCCCUCUCCGGGGCUGGCACCGUGGGGUCCGGAGCCGCCCCUGCCCCAAAGGGACAUGGAGGAUUGGGA